UCUGCAUCGGAAGUACAGUAUCUACAGUGACUUUAGCUAAACAACCUUAUUGAGUCUCUUCUAAAGGAGGUGAAAGACCGCCUCUGGUUUAGUACUCGAUUAGUAUCGCGAGCAUCAACUUGAUCCAUAGGCCCGGCGCAAUCUGCGGUAUCAAAUCAGCUUAGCUCUGUGACUCGCGAUCCAUAACUGCGGUACCUGCUUGACCACCACCACCACCACCACAACUUCGCACCGCCAUACCUGCAUUCGAUCAACACACACUCUACGAGACUUGCAUACCGAUCGCGAAAUCAUGGCAUCCCGCAAAAAGAUCCUUCUCAAGGUUAUCAUCCUUGGAGACAGUGGAGUAGGAAAGACGAGUUUGAUGAAUCAAUAUGUCAACAAAAAGUUCAGCGCCUCGUACAAAGCCACCAUCGGCGCCGAUUUCCUCACAAAGGAAGUCCUUGUCGACGAUCGCCUCGUGACUAUGCAGCUUUGGGAUACUGCUGGCCAGGAGCGCUUCCAGUCCCUGGGCGUAGCUUUCUACCGAGGAGCCGACUGCUGCGUACUAGUCUACGACGUCAACAACAGCAAGUCCUUUGACACCCUGGACUCUUGGCGCGACGAGUUCCUGAUUCAGGCGAGCCCGAUGGACCCGGAGAGCUUCCCAUUCGUAGUGCUGGGCAACAAGGUAGACGUGGAGGAGAGCAAGAGGAUGAUCAGCUCCAAGCGGGCUAUGGCUUUCUGUCAGGCAAAGGGCGGCAUCCCAUAUUUCGAGACGAGCGCGAAGGAGGCACUGAAUGUGGAGCAAGCGUUUGAAGUGAUCGCACGAAAUGCUUUGGCACAAGAGGAGUCUCAGGACUUCAAUCCAGACUUCCCCGAGACCAUCCCGAUCAACAUCGGCGAGAGCGAGCAGGGAUGCUCAUGCUAGACCCGGCUGUCGUUUUCAUAGCCACCAACUAGAAAGACUCGAAUCAUCCUGCUCAUCGCUGCGCUCAGAAUGACGACAUCUUCUACACCUAAUGCAUUUUCGACGGCGUUUGGAGCGCGUGUGGCAUCAUCUCAUUCAUCCUGCGAAGAGAUAAAGGUGGUUGGACUUUUGUGUUCCAGAUACCAUAUU